AUGUCUAGCUUCAAUGCAUUAAACUUAAGUGCUCAAGAUGAAGAACUCGAAGCUGAGGAACAUUCUAGGGAAUUGCAGAUCGAAGAAUGCUUUGAAUUGUACCAAAAUGCUUUAAUUCAAGUUAAAGAGAACAAUUUUUCAGAAGCAAGAUUAACCUUCGAAUCAUUAUUCAACAUAAAUGUAUUGAAACCAAAUAGAUGGGGGCUAUAUUCAUACUCUUCUCCUACAUUGGAUAGUCUGCGCUAUUUGGCUUUCAGAAACCGUGGAAUGUUCUUCUAUAAAUACUUAAUCCAUAAUUACAGUGAUUUAUCUGAUGAGGAUAUCGUCAAUUAUAUUUUAAAAGUAAUGGAAGAUCUAAUUGAAGCAAUGCAACAUAGCGAAGCAGAUAGUGGAGUAACAUCUCUAUUAGUUCAAAUCUUUAAAAGUUUUAAAUCUAAAAAACUAGAAAGAUUAAUUUUAGAAUAUGAACUAUCAAAAUCCAAUAAUAUUAUUCCACUUUCUGGUAGAAGAAGAGGUGGCAUUUUACCACAGUUGAAAGUUUCAAUUAGACAAUAUGCUUCUUUACUUAAAAAAUUAAACGAUAAUGAAGCUAAGAGUUAUCAAUUACUGAAUAUUAAGAAAUUAAUUACAGAACAAGAUUUUGAUGAUAUAACAGAAUUAAAUCCACUUUUAAAAACUAUUCAGAAGAUGAAGACCGAAGAUGAACAAACUAUGAAAGAAUUAGACGCGUUUGAAGUUACGAUAUCAAAACUUUCUUGGGAAUCUGUAUUUGAUUCCUUAAAAGAAUUACUUCCACAUGUUAAGACAAGUAUUCUUUUAACAAGAAAUGUGGAUCCUUAUAAUGAAGUUGAGGACCCAAUUGAAACUGUCGAGUUUAAGUUUAAAAUUAAAGAAACCUUGAAGGAAGAAAAGAUCAAUAACCAAAUACCUACGGACAUCGACCAAGCUGAUUCUAAAACAAAUAAUUCCGUAACCAUACAUAAAAUUCAAACUGCUGAACAUGGUGGUACAAUAGAAAUAGAUAAUAUGGAAUAUGAAAACCAAGGUUCAAACUCUCCACCAAUAAGUUCACGAAAACGAUCAGUGAGCGAAAUAUCUGAGCGUACUUCUUAUAGAGUAAGUAAACGAUCCAAAGGUAAGGAUUCUGAUAUUAUUAUCGAUAGCUCUAUGGAUAUACACGAGGCUUUUUUUGAUGGACUUGAGUUUCUUUUUUCAGUAACCAAUAAAACUUUGCCCUUCACUUUACAUACUCUAGGCUCACAAUUAGCACUAAAGGAUGAAGUAGAGUCGAAAUUUUUACCAUAUGCUGAUUUUAUGGAAUGUUUAAGAAAUUGGAGUAGUUGGCAUACUGAGCUGUUUAAUAAAAAUGAAACUAAUUUUCAAAUGAGUACAAAAAAUACAGAGGAUAUGUCUCAACUAAAUAAUGUUUUAAAAUCUAAUAUAUUUGGAAACCAAUUAAAUGAAAUGAUGAAUAAUUGCAACUCAGAUAUACCUUCAGAUGAUAUAAUUUCAAUGCUAGACGAAAUGAAUUCCAAGAAAUAUCACUUCCAGGAGAUAAGACUAAGGCUAUUGGUCAAAUUAUUACAUAACAAGGAUAUUUCUGAAAGAAUCAUUAUCAAAUAUAACUGGCCUGAUAACUUGUUUACGAAGGUUGAAUGGUUUUUAUUAGGCUGUGAAAGUUCAAUUUUUGAUUUUAUCUCAGAAAAUUUUACUACUUACCAAAAUUUUGCCCUAUCUGUAUUAGAAUUCCUCAUUAACAUGCUUGGAAGAAUUAACGAAAAUAUUCACUCCAAAAAAGCUCAAGGAUCAAAAACAACGGACAACAAAUAUCAAAAAAAUAAGGUUGAGACGAAAAUCGACAGAUGGCUAUUACUACUGAAACAAGUUGAAGAAAAAGAUUAUCCAGAAUAUGUGCUUUGUGUAAAGUGGCUAUACUAUUGCUAUCUUCAAUAUACUUCUGAUAAUAUCGAUGAAAAGCUAAUCUAUGCUUUGAGGGAAGUAGACAAUCUUUUCUCUAAGGCAAAGCCAGGAUUUACACUAAUGUUUGGCAAUUAUCAUUUCCUUCCUUGCCUAAAGUUAGGGACAAUUCAUUCCCAAUUGGGCAAAAUUAAUAUUAUCCAGAAGAUAACAAAUGUUGAACAUACCAACAAUAAACAGAGCGAUACAGACCACGAUUUCUAUUUGACAAUUUUAGAAAAUGCCUUGUCAGUAAUGUGCAAUAAUACGAAAGAGAAGAAUAAAAUGAACAUCGAAAUAGUACAAUCACCUAUAACAUCUCAACUGGAAAGCAUGAAUGAGGAUAAAGAUAUGUAUGAAUUUAUUCAAAAUGCUCCAUACUUGUUAAAAAUUAAACUCUGGGAAAUUCUAUAUUCAUCAUAUUCUAAAAAGGGUAACUUCAAAAAAGUUUUUAAAUGCUACUUAAAUAUAUUAUCACUGGUUAUAGAAAACAUAUUUUCUGAUGACUAUUCCAAAGAACCAUCAUCAACUCGGAAUGAAAUCCUUUUAUACUGUAUGGGAAUUAUUGGUUCUUAUUCCUCGAAAGUUGUUAAAUUCAUUAGACUGUUGGAUUGGAAAUUUGAAGAUAUGUCACUAGAUGAUUCAGAUUUUUAUAAUAUCUUUUCUGCAUUUUCUUUGUUUUAUAUAUUGUUAUUUUUUGAAGCCAAUGUGGCUAAUGAUCCCAGUACAACAUCUUUCUUCAAGAAGGCAGUAAAAUCUUCAGCCAAGAUGAAAGCUAGAAUAUGUGAUAUGACAAUAAUACUCACAUUAGUAUUUGACCAAACGUUUGAGAAGCUUGCUGGGAUUUCAGAUAUGCUAACUGUUAAAUUCAUAACCAAUUUCCAUACAUUUUUGGGUGCAUACAAAUUUUGUGAUGCAUCUGGAGGCCAUUUUCUCUCAUUCAGUGAGAACUUUCUAAGCAAUUAUAUUAACAAAGAAGCUUUUAUCCAAUUGAAUCAAAUUACAUGGUGUAAAUAUCAUUUUAAUGUUAUCGGCGAUUCUCCGUUAAUCGAACAGCAUAAUACAAAAGAAGUAGAGAUGGAAGUUUCGAAUGCAAUUCCACUAGGGCUGUAUUUAACUAAAUACUAUUCUGCAGGUAAAAAUCUUCUAUUAACAACAAGUAACAAGACAGGCUUAAAACAUAUUCUUGAAAAGGUAAUUGAUACAAUUGAUACUUCUAUCAAUAGCUUUGAUUUUGUCAUGGAGAAAAACGCUUUUGAAUUAGCAAAGUACUUGAGCCAAAAUAUAACAGACAAUAUGAUUACUGACUCAUUUGAGGGUAAAUCUCGCUUAUCAUUGCUUUCUCCAAACGAUGAUUUUAAAACUGUAUUAGAUACAGGCCUAUUCUACUUCGGCAGUAUUCAAGCCUUAAAUUUUUAUAAAAUGAGAAAGAAAUCAAUGCAGGCUAGACCUUCUGAAUUAGAUUCCAUAAUUAAAAGCUUAAAGACAGACAUAUUAUAUAAUACCGGAAGGUUUGAAAGCUGGUAUUUAUUAGGUAAAUGUCAUUCAUUCAUUGUAGAAGAUGAUUUAAUUUGGACCUCUGAGAAGAUCACAUCCAUAGAGAAAAAAGUAUUUACAGCAUCAUCACAGAGGAAAGCAAUAAUAUGCUAUCUUACAGGGAUAUCUUUAUUCUUAAGCAAAGGCAUGGCUUCCAUUGAAGAUAAACUUGUUUACUCAAAACUUUUAGCAUCUUUAGGAAAGGAGUUGGUUAGUGGCUACUUGAAACCUAUGGAUAAGGAAUGUUUUAUAAUAAGGAAUAACGUUAGCAAAUUACCUGAAGAUAAAGAUACUGAAGAAGAAAAUAAAUACAAUUCUCCUCUAGAGUUAACCAUAGCUUCAACCUUUGUUGAAAAACUAAUUUUAAGAGUUUUUCGAGAUGCCAUUGAUAUAUCGGAUAAACUAGAGGCAGAUGUGAAAAUAGUCAAUAACCAAGUAUGGUCAUGGCAUUAUAUAUUGGGGAAAAGAUUAUUAAAAUUUUCUAAUUAUCAGCAGAAAUUUCCUGGAUUGGAUUAUAUAGUAAAAGCAUGCAAAAUUGCUUACAACCAAUCAUCAUCUAGAGAGCCAAUUAUUGAGCCUCAUUAUUGCCUCGUAAAUAAUUGUUAUAAAUUGCUAAAAAGGAAGGUCAUAUGUGUCUCCGAGUUAUUGAAAUAUCUUCAUAUGGACAAUGAAUUCUUCGAUAAAGACGACGGAUUUUGGUUUGUUGAUGAGGCAUUGACAUAUGAUUAUCAAAUCAAAGAUUGCUACAGUAAAAUUAUGGAAUUAUUACAUCAUAUUUUAUCGGUGGACAAAAAAAAAUGGCAACAUAGACCAAAAUAUAGAAUAUCAAGAAUACUAUAUGAAGAGUUCCACGAUGUUACUGGUGCCAUUAAACAAUUAGAUAGCCUGAUCUCAAUAAAAAGUACAAAUAAGAAUUUGGUGAAUAUAUGGAAACCUGAUUUUGAAAGAGCAGGAAAACAUUUUAUUUACACCCAGCAAUAUAUCAUGUUUUAUUCCAACUUAUUGUAUCAAAAAGGUGAUUACAAUUCCUUAGGGUUAAUUGCUAAGAAAGUCAGGAGAUUUAGCUCAGGAAUGGCAUAUGCCAAUGAAACUACAACUACAUUAGUUAAUCUGUAUAAAAGUUGUAUAAAGCAACAAUUACAUUUUGACGAUAAACAAUAUACAGAUCAACUAAUGUCAACUCUCUCCUAUCAAGGCUUUGUUAAGACUAGUACUGAUUUACAAAAUACAUUUGAUAAAACAAAAUAUCCUCAGGAAAUCUUGGAUAGUUUAUCAGUGGUAUAUCAGUUAAAGAAAGGCCACAAUGGUAUUAUCUUUGAUGGGAUUUGCUUAUCAUUAUACUUUAAAUACUUUUACCUCCCACAUGCAGAGACACUCUCGUCUGUAUCUGAUGAUGGCUCCACGCAUUCUGACACAUCCAUAACAUCUCAAAAUCCGCUCACAGUACAAGACUCCAACUCUCUGUUCAAAACUAGUUCUAGCGUUAAGAAGAAGGUAACGAAACGGGAGACAUUCGAUAAAAUAAAAACAUUAACAGAAAAAUUUUAA